ACCAUGGGUCCGGAGCUCUUGCAGCACCCAUUAUCGCGAGCCGACGGCUCUUCCGUCUUUUCAGACGGCCUGUACACGAUUAUUGCAGGCGUCAAUGGCCCUGUUGAAGUACAGCGCCGUGACGAGCUCCCCGAAGAAGCCGCCAUUGAAGUCAACUUUCGACCGUCCUCUGGGGUCGGCGGGCCACGAGAAAGAUGGCUAGAAGGCAUCAUGCAAAAGGUUCUCAGGUCGAUCCUCCUCGUACAUCUCCACCCUCGAACACUGUUUCAGUUCACAGUGCAAGUCAGCAAUCAACCACAAACCCAGUUUAGGAAAACGACUGGCGAUAUUGCGAUCCUGCCCGCCUUAAUCAACGCUUCGCUUACUGCGGCGAUCGAUGGCGGUGUACCUCUUGCAACGACUACCAGCGCGGUGCUAGCUGUCGUCACUGACAGUGGCAAGGUUGUUGUUGAUCCAAGCGAGAAAGAGGUCUUGGGAAGCAGGAGCAUACAUGCCACAGCGUUCAAUCAGCACGGUGAACAGCUUCUUGACGAGUCGUCUGGUAUCUUUGAUAUUGGUACUUGGGAAGCGGUUAUGGAUGCCAGUCAACAAGCGUGU